GCCGCACAGACGUCGACACCGUGCCGAUUUUCGCGGGUUUUUCACCGGUGAACCACUGAAAAUUGCCCGUUUGAGAGCGGUACCGUGUACGGUACGGCACGUUGUUAGCGUCCUGUGAAUUUGGUGCGGAUCCGUUGUCGGCGAGUCGUGGAAAUCGUUCGUUUUGUCGGCGGGUAUUUUAACAUGAAAUCCACUGUGUUAUAUGUAGGCAAGGCGGCGUUGCCGCACGGCCGGUAGGGUCGACGUUGCCGCUGCGAGUGCGCCCGGUUUUAUCAACUGCGACUAGCUAGAGCGUGAGAGAGACGGACGGAGAGCCGGGGCUCUCGCACACCAACAGACACACACGGACACACAAAGAGAGCACGAUGACGCAAACGGUCAAGAUGGAAAAGAGGCUGAUGGUCAAGGAGAUCAACCCGUUCAUCACCUGCACCCUGUGCGACGGGUACUUCUUCGACGCCACCACUUUGGUGGAGUGCCUGCACACAUUUUGCAGGGGGUGCCUGCUGAAGAACUUCGAGAACAGGCUGUGCCCUACCUGCAACAUGGACUACAAGAAGAGGACGGUGUGUUUUAAGCCGGACAAACAGAUACAGGCGCUGGUUUAUAAAAUCGUGCCGCAUCUGUACGCUAAAGAGAACCAAAGAAUGGAAGACUUCUACAGAUCGACGACCGUCAGGGCCAGCAGCUCUUGUUCGGACGACAGCGUGAUCGAGAGGGAGAGGAAUCAGGUGGUCACGAACGAGGAAGGAGACACGCACGUGAAGCAAAUCGGGGAGGGCAAGUUCUUGACCAGCGAGGACCCGAUCUCCCUGUCGCUCGAGUACUACCAGCAUCAUCUGGACGUCAGCGACGAAAGUGCCAAUAAUAAUAAUAAUAAUAACAAUAAAAGUGUCGAGAAUGGUGUGGGUGCGUAUAAAAAUAACGGACAAAACCUCAACGGUGAUGCGGUGAACGGUGACCAAAAGAAGGACGGCGAGAAGAGGUUCCUGAGUUGUCCCGCCGCCGUCUCCAUGAAGCACCUACAAAAGUUCGUCAGGAUGAAGUACGCCCUCACGGCGGAUCACAGGGUGGACAUAAUUUAUAAGGGGGAAGUACUACCUGAUACGUACAGCCUCAUGGAUGUGGCCUACAUUUUCCUGUGGAAAAGGGUCAAGCCCAUGAGGUUCUUCUACAGAAUCUUCACGCCCAUGAAGGUGAGGCCCAUUAAAAUAGUGAACACGACCCUGUCGACUGGCGGUAAGCAACUACAAAUAGUACCUGUUAAACCCAACUCCGACGUUAAGUCGCCCGUUGAAAAACCCGCGGAAAAACCACCGACGAUACAAGAUCUGGUUGAGGAGGACAGACGUCCUAAAAAGGAGGAGCUGAUGGCCCAUCUUCAGCUGCAAAGCAAGGCCAGAACGGUACCUCCAGUUGAAACGAAGAAGGUCGAAGCUGUUAAAAGUAGUACGGAGUUGAAGGCGGAGAAGGUGAUGCAGGACUGCGUCUUCGACUACAACGAGUCGGAGGAGGAGAUUAAGAAGUUUGCAGAGAGGCGUGACAGAGAGUGGGCCAUGCAAAAGAAAAUGGAUGAGAGCAGACAAGCCGAGGACAACUACCACCACACCUCCAAGAAGAGGAAAAAGAACAAGCAUUCAAAGAACGAAAUGGUGCACAAGAAACGGAAACUCCAUGCUGAAAAAAUCAACACGGACGACGACCUACUGAAAAUCAAAGUCAAGCUGACCAAUGGGCACAAACACAAGCACCACAAGAGUACGGACAAGAACUCCAACUCGGAACUGAGCCAGAAGGAAAAGUUGCUGCAGAUGAGGCAGAUCAGGAAGCCCGUGGUGGAGGAGAAGACUGUACCAAGUACCACCAUCAAAAUUUCUAAGAACGUUGUGGAGAAACCCACACCUGUACCUAAUGAGAAAGAGACUGAGGAGAAGAAGGUGGAGAAAGUCAAAGUUCCUACGCCUCCUCCAGCGCCGGAGGCGCCCAAAUUACGUACUGAACUGAAGGUGGAGUUGAGCAGGGUGACGGAAGCGAAACCUGUUGUUACGAAGGUGGUGAAGCCGCCAGUUGUGACGAAGCCUGCGGUUAAUAACGUGUGGAACCAACAGCAACAGAAGAAGCCUCUGACUCAGACGGAAAGUGAGAAGCAGAAGCAGACAUUUCUUAAGAAUUUUCAAUCUUUCACCGAAAGGUACAAUAAGAGUAACCAGGAAAAAGUCGUGCAGGGCCAGAAAGAGGCCGCGAAAGUACCUAAACCUAACCUGAUCACCAACAACAAGUCCUUGGACCAGAAGCUUGCUAACCUCCAGCAAAGAUGUACUAUUGAGCCUAAAAUGUCUCAGCCAAUUCAGUCGCCCAAACAACAAGAGAAGGUCAAUUUUGAAAAGCCUGUGUUGACAACUGGUUAUCCUGCAGGUUUUACUGUGAGCAAGAUCGAAAGCGGUGUUAAGAGGAAAUCUGAGGAUGAGAAAGAGAUGCAAGACAAACGGCCCAGUUUGGAAAUCACUCUGAUCCCACCAACACCUCCGACCACUCCGGUAGUGAGCACCUCACCCACAACCCCCAAAUCCGCAGACAAACCUCAGGCUAAAAGGCCACCACCUGCAACAAUCCCCCUGGACAGGAUCAAGAAGUCCGUGGGCCUAAAGUCUGGACUGAGUAUCAUACCAAAGAUGCCGGAAAAGUGCGACAACAUCGGCGCCUUAGAUCUGACCAAGCACAAAAUAGAACAAAGCAAACCGGAAACGCCGAACGGCACCAAACAACCCAGCCCCGGUCCAGCCAGACCGGACGCCAAGAACUCGAUGCAACUCUCCAACCUGCAAAUGCUGAGCAAAGUGGCGACCGAGCAGAACACCUUCAGCAAACCGGUCGUCACGCCCGGUCAGCCCAAGAUCAGACAACAAAUGCCCAACCUCCAGACACUGAAGAUCCCCAGCAUGACCACCAACAGCAUGAUCAAACCCGCCACCAUACAAAGAAUGCCCCCGAAACUGAACGAAAUCAAGUUCAGGCCGCAGCAGACUCAGAUGAGGAACUUCAGGCCGAACCAGAACCAAAACAUACGCAACAUCCCGAACCCCAGUCUGCUGAUCAAGCAGAACCAGAACAGGAUGAACUCGUUCAACUCGCAGCAGCAGGCGCAGGACAAGGCGGCGGAGAAGAGCGUCAAUCAGAAGGAGACGAACAGUGCAAUAAACAGACCCAGUCCGGUCGUCGAGACGACGAAGGUGACGGAGAAAACGGAGAUAUCCGUGUAAGGGUUGUUAUAACGGUUGGUUUGUAAAUAAGAGGUUUUUUUUUAGUUGGGUCUUUGAAUUUCAGUUCCUCGAUGAUUUGUUGAUUUGUUGUUUGUUUUAUUGGAUUUCUUUUAAACGAAGUACUUGUACAUAAGAUGAUUCUUUUAUUGUUGUGUUAUAUGUUGUUUCAUUUUACCACUCAUUUCGAUAUUCAGAAGGUUGCUGUUUUAGGCAGCCCCUGUGUAAAGUACUAAACUAUUAUUAUAGAAUUUAUAGACUGUCUUGUAAACUAGGAUUUUGAUAGUACUUAUAGUUAUAAAAUUUUUAGCACCCUAAGAUCGUAUAAAUAUUGUUUAUAGUACCAAAUCUCUUAAGGUGAAUUAUUGUAGUGUACCAAUUUGUGAAUAUUAAUAAAUGUACAAUUAUUAUUUAA